AUGCCUUUCCCAAUAGUCGACUCGCAUAUACACCUAUUCCCAGCAUCCCAUCUCCCGACACUAGCCUGGUACACCCUAGAUGGCCCCUUAAGCGCGCAGCACAGUGUGGACCAAUACCAACACGCGACAACCAGCGUCCCCGCCGCACCGAAUGCCAGCAAUGAGAAGUAUUUAAGGGGAUUCAUAUUCCUGGAAACAGAUCGCAUUUCCUCGACUGAAGAAUCAACAUCGGAAUCUUCUAAUGCUCCAGGCUGGAAACACGCUCUCGACGAAGUCUCUUUCCUAUCGCGCGUCGCGCAGGGAAAGCCCGUCAAGGGCGAAGGACACUUAGCCGCAGAUAAAGAUAUUUGUCUUGGAAUUGUCAAGGAGAGGACGGAGACCGCGGAUGUCUGGCGCAAGGUGUGCGGAGUGAGAUAUUUGGUUCAGGAUAAGCCUUCCGGGGUGAUGCUUGAACAAAGAUUUGUUGAUGGACUGUGCUGGUUGGGAAAACAGGGGCUUGCUUUUGACCUAGGGGUUGAUGCGAGACAAGGUGGACUCGGUCAAUUGCGAGAGGCAGUUCAGAUGAUGGAGAGGGUGUUCAGUGCCGCGAGGGAAAGUGGUGAGACGGCAGUAACUAUUGUGAUCAACCACCUUUGCAAGCCUAAUCUUCGGCUUGCAACCGACUCUCUUACUGCACACCCUGAGUAUCUGGAAUGGAAGGGCUUGGUUACCCGCAUGGCUCAAGCGAGUCCCGCGAAUUAUAUGAAGCUUUCUGGCGCGUUCUCUGAGAUUUUACCACUGUCGGAGGAGGAUGAGGUCGAUAUCGAUGGUCUGGCGAGCCAAAUUCAACCUUGGACAGAUGUCGUAUUCGACGCGUUUGGCCCCGACCGUGUGAUGUUUGGCUCUGACUGGCCCGUGGCUAACAUCGGGGGUGGCGGAAAUAAUGUCGCUUGGGGCCGGUGGAUCAGGGUUGUUGAAACCAUUCUAGACCGAAGAGGGCUGACGGAAGAAGCAAAGGAGGGAAUUUGGGGACAAGUAGCAAUCAAGGCUUAUGGUAUUCAGCUAUAA